UCCCAAAUCAGAACAAACUAGGGUUGAAGAAUCAGAAAAAACAGAGAGAUGGGAAUAAUUACGAGAAGCUUUACCUUCAUGAUGGGGACAGCGUGUGGAGUGUAUAUAGCUCAGAAUUACGAUGUUCCUGAUAUCAAGAAACUCUUUGUUACCAAUUUUGAGAAGCUCAAGCGUACUGAAGAGAUUCAUCGCAAACCAAACAAGGAAAAAGAUGAUCUUUGACUCUACAUCCAUGUAGAGAGAUGUGGGGGAGAGAGAGAGCAUAUAAUUGUAAAGUUAUUUGGGCAAUGUUAUGAUUCAAUUGUUAUGAAUUCAUCUCUUCAGCCUUCUGCUUCUUUUGUUUAAUCUCUUGUUUCACGAUGCCUGUUGAGGGCUCGAAUUGAAAUCUCUUAUCUC